AUGCUUAUAAUUGGGCUGAAUGAUGAUUAUGAAAUAAAUACCAUUUAUGUGGCUCUACAGCACCUGGGAUCUGUGAGAAAAACAUCAACAGGGUGUCUGUUUGGUCUUAUGUAUGAGAGUACCCUUUUAGUAGUGGGUUAUAACAUAGAACUGUGUUUUAAUGAAAAAAGUACUCAUGAGGUAUUACAAAAAACACAGAAAAAUUACAAGUCUAGGAUCCAUAACUUACCCACAGAAGUUGAUCUGUGUGGGUUGAUAACUUUUGCAGAAGAUAUAGCCGAUCCAGAAAAUCAUGCUACAGUGAUAAAAAUCCUGGAGGAUGUUGAUGUAACGGACAAUCCCCUGCUUAUGAUGUAUUCUCUUGGUUCGGAUGGCACCUCUGAGUUACAUACUUAUUUCUAUGUCCAUGACAAGUUAGUUGAGACACCAUAUGAUGUUGUGAAUGAAGCAACUCUGUGGCAGGAAUUCAUUCAUGUACGUUUAUGUUCUCGGUUACCAUUGGUAUGUGACCUUGAACACAAUGCUAUUAAAGAUGCUAUACAAUCACUCCACAAAAAGGUAAGUUUAUGCUCAAAGUAUCUUGAAAGUAGGAAAUGCAAACAUUUUGAAAUACUUUUUUUCCAGGUUGCUUCAGGAACUGUGGCUUUCUGUUUUUUGAAAAGUAUAUUUUUAUUGGGUGGGGAUGUGGAAGGAGGUUUAACUGGUGUCCCAGGGAAUCAAACUGUUGGUGAUCUUUUCAAUCUGCAGCUAGAAAAAUGUGGGAUUCAAGAGAGCAAUCGAUUACGAAAACACGAUCAGUCACAUUUACGGAAAAGUAUUGAUAUAGUUAGUGCAACCUUGCUAAUGAAGCCUACCCGGGAGAUUCGUGAUAAUGAUCAACCUAGAGCAGCUCCUGUCAUACAACAUAUCAAAAAAACCUAUACAUGUUUGCAAGUAUGGUUGCAUGUGGAUGCUUUGUCAAUGGUACCACGAUCAGCAAAACUGAUGGAACUCUAUCCAGUUCUUGUGGAGAGUGUAUGUCGAAAUCUUAAGCUGACUGAGAGCUGCCUUCUGGAACAAGUGUUGGCAGCAAAAGAUGGUGGUCCAGAUGCACCAGUCAAUAUUUCUCUGCCAAAACCGUUGCAUUUCUUACCUGCAGACUGCAGUCAUUUCCUUACUCUUGCUUUACCUGAAGGCAGAAGUGAUGAUCAACUUGUUUCGUAUCGGAAAGCUUUACAUAUGGAGUUUGGCCUCCCCCAAGAUCGACCCUUCUUCCGGAAAGGUAAUGCAUAUGUUUUCCGGUCUGAACAAUCAAAUAAGUUGCUGGUAAAUCCGCAUGAAGGUUUGGGAUCAUCUGGAGUUAAAGGUGGUGAAGUCUCUGUUGUACAAGGGCUUUACAGUUACCAUCAUUAUAUGCAAGAUCGUAUUGAUGAUGAUGGAUGGGGUUGUGCAUAUCGCUCUCUUCAGACAAUUGUGUCCUGGUUUAGGUGGCAAGGAUACACAGCAAGGGACCCACCCUCACACCAUGAAAUCCAAGAGUGCCUUGUCAAGCUUGGGGACAAGCCUCCCUCCUUCAUUGGGUCUUCCCAAUGGAUUGGAUCCACUGAAGUCAGCUACUGCUUGGAGGCCAUGCUGGGCAUCACUUCUCGCAUCAUCAGUGUAAGCUCAGGCGAGGAGUUGGGUUUGCGAGGUGGUGAGCUGGCCAUGCACUUCCGCACUCAGGGAACUCCCAUCAUGAUCGGUGGGGGAGUUCUGGCUCAUACUAUUCUUGGGGUCGAUUUCAACCGUGAUUCAGGUGAUCUGAAAUUUCUGAUCCUCGAUCCACAUUACACUGGAGGAGAAGAUUUAACUGUAGUGCAAAAUAAAGGCUGGUGUGGCUGGAAAGGCAUAAAUUUUUGGAAGAAAGGUGCAUUUUACAAUUUGUGUCUUCCACAACGUCCUAUUGGUAUAUAAGGAGCAUUUCACAAUUUUCUUGUUUUGUUACUUUCAACUUUUUAUAAACAAUGAAAGAUCAAAUCGCAGUGCAAAAUUUAUGUUAUGAAUGUAUAUAUGGAGCUAUUUGAUGUUGUUCUCUUGCAAUUAGUACCUUUACAGUAAGUAUAUAAAAAGAAGAACGUCCUGGUUGUGGGUGGGGUUCUGCUUCUAGAAUUUUGUUUGUGUGUGUUCAUGCACAGUCCCCUGUAUUAUUAACUUUUUUGAAGUUGCCUGUAAGAAGUAGACAUACUAUCUAUAGAGCAAUGUGCUGAAUAAUGGGAGAGAUGUGUAUAAAUAAUAAUAUUAAGUAUGUUGUUAAUUUUAUUUUGAAAUAAAUGUGUAUGUUUGUACAUAAUACAAGAGCUUUGUUACUGCACUCCCGGAACGAAUUUCACCCCAUAAAUUCUCCAAUUUAUUUCUUCCACAUAUUCCAGAAUUUGGUGAACAUAAAACAUAAUUGUGAUAUAACUGACAAUUCAUCUAAUUUUAUUACUGAAACAUUUAAUUUAUAACACUGGUUUUACACUGCAAGAAGAAUUACUUAACAAUUUGCUUGCACCAGCGAAAUUGAGAGUAAAUGGCUUCAUGAAUUUCUUUAAUUAGCUGCAGCAAGUGCAGGAAACUUGUUUACUACGCAUUUUUCAAGUAUGUGAACUGUUCCCAGAAGUUGUCCCAGCAAUAGACGAGAUUAAAUGUGUUUCUAUUAUGUAGUGGAUGCUGGCAAGUUUGACAUUGUAUAGGGCAGCAUUUGAAAAAGUUUCUGACAUAGCAGACAAGCAGUGGCAAAGAUAAAUUAUGAAUAGCAUUUUUCCGUAAUUUUAUUUUGUGAUUUAAAUACGUAAAAAAUAAGAUAUAAAAAAAAUCUGUAGAACACUUAAAAUACUGUAGGCAGUCUGUAUGUUUCAUAAUAAAUGAUAAAAUUAUGUUCACAAGAGCAGUCCAUCAAGGACCUGCUACAAUGCAUCAAAAUGAUAGCACAGUCCUCUAAGAGGCAACAUCAAAUUAUUAUAGAAAUUGCUCAAUAAGCAAUGCAGCACUGUGCAAAAUCGGAGGUUUUUGCCACCUCUCUCAUAGAGGCAGACAGAAAACUUCAAAACUCAAUUCUCUUAACAGUUAGGAAACUAAUAAUAAUAAUAACAAUAAUAACAAUAGAGCCUUAGAUUUUUAGGAGUUUGUAAACGUCUUUUUAGGCUUUUUAAUAUGACUUUUCCCAUUUAGGUACUUAUAAUUUUUCCUAAAAGUGAUAGUGUCAAGCUGUACAAUAUUUGCAAUAAAUCACAAUUUAAAUUACUAUAUUUUUAAUUAAAUUUUUCACUUCUGAAAUUAGUUCAAAGUUUCUUAAAAAUCACAUAAAAUUAAUAAGAUCAUAUUUAAACAAGCAUUUCCUUCACAUUCAAACAAAAUCAUUUUGAGAAGCCGUGUCCCAAAAUAUCAUGCCAAGGAUUCUUUAAAAAAUCAAAUUUAAGCAUGUGAAAUGCAGCCAAAUAGGAUUCACAUAACUUAUGUGCAAUUAAGGACCCGUGCCCAUGAGCAUUUCGUUGAUGCAAGUCAUAGAAUGAAUUAAAAAUAUUACGCAAAACAGCGCACUAGCACUUUGGCUGUUCCACAUAAGAUACAGUGAUAAUCUAUGUGUUGCUUAAAUGUGCAUCAACACAACACUUGUGUGACACAACCCUAACUAAUAAGCUAUUGCAAACACAUACCUCUUUAUUAAAUUUAUGAUUUAGCCUCUUUUAGGAUCAACUCAUGUUAGCUCUCUUUACGAUCUACAGGAUUCAUGCUUUUGGCUCAAAAGAUUGAAAUGAUUAUGUAUAUUCAAAAUGAUAACAUAACGAAGUAAAAAAUAAGUUAAAAUCUAUGAGUCCAGGCCCUAAUAAUAAUACAGGUUAAUAAGAUGAAAUUACAUGAAUGCUUUCAUAGUAAAGUAUCAAAAUGUUGACAAAAUCAGAACUGUGAUACUAUUCACAACACCGAUGCUAUGUAACUGUCAGCCACACAAAAUACACCUGUCACUUAAUUAAGCUAACAAAUGUGCAACAUCAGAGCAAUUUGUGAUUAGUGCACCUCUAGUGUAAGCAUUUCAGCAUAUAGAGUACUGCAAACGGCUACUGCAAUCACUUGCUAAUGUGAAGCCAGAUCAUUAAGAGGGGUUUUCAUAAACUUCAAAACUUGUGACAUUUCUCAUGGAAAAGGAGAUUAUCAAUUUUUAUAUAAUUUCAUUGGUUCUCAACAUUCUAAAUUUGUAAGUAAAAUAUGAAAAUUAACCAGCUUCUCAUCUGUUUAACAAUUAUAAGAUUUUGCUUUAGGACUGACUGUAACAUGCAGUACUGUGAGAAGUAUGUCAACUCCACAGUGAAACUAUUCCAAUACGGACUACUGAAUUUACUUUGGAGGUUGGUUAUUCACAAAAUCUUUGCCCACAUCACUAUUUAUCAGGACCAAAUUUUCCAGAAAAAUUGCAAUAUUUAUUUUAUUGAUAAAAUAGUUGAGUCCCUUUUCUAGCAAUAACCCUUCCAUAUCUUUAUAGUUUGGGAACUGGAGCAACCUUUUGCAAUGAACUUUAAACUUCUUUAGAGACUAUUUUAACAUUACUUCUGAAAUUUUUUUAAGCUUUAUAUUUAAUAUAAAGUGCAAUAAUCAUAAAGUAAUGACAAAUUCCAUUCACAACAUGACAAGAUUUCUGAGUUUUUUGAGGACACAUCUAUUCUGCUUAGUUGAGAAAUUCUGCUACAACUAGUAGCACAUUUAUUUUGAUACACGAUUACAUGACUAACUAAAUAUUAAUUAUCAAUAACAUUAAUAUUCUAAGUUCUAAAAUUUUAAGGGUGAUUUGUAUAGGACCUUGAUCACAAACUCACAGGCGAGGUUUGCGGGGAAGGGAACCAAAAGCUGAUAUUACAGUACUCUUGGUGCCAGUUGCACUUGAAGUAAGAGAAGGUUGCUGCACAAGACCUACUGGCUUAAGAAUGUUCUGUUGUGCUGCAACUAAACUGCUACCUAUCACUGUUCCAACUUGAUCCCACUUUGAUUUUCGACGUUUUGCUUCAUCUUCUGCACCAGAGCCACUACCAGGCCGCUUGGCCGUUCCAGAAACAAAUUCAACUUUAGUCUUUUCCUUACGCUCUUCACCUUUCUUUCCCCUCUCAUGUUUAUCCAUUUCUGCUUUUUGAACUUUAGCUAAUUCUUCAUAAUAUGAUUCCUUCCCCCAGCGUAAUGGGUCAUAAACAUGAGCAGGAUAAUUAGUUCCAAGUUCGUUAAUACUACAAAACUGAAUCAACUUUUCAUAAAUACUUGGAUUGCGAAAAUCCUUUUUGUGCUGUAUAACGUGAUUCAUAUCCAAACCACUGGUCUGCAUUUUCUCAUGCAAACGAUUAAUCUUCUCUUGAAGUUCAUUAGAGCAUCUUCCCUGUGGUUCUGGAAAAAGGCGUAUGCCAUCAACAACUGGUUCUGGCUCGGGCUCUAUCGUAAUGGACUUCCGCCGUUCGGGUUCAUUCAAGUCGGCGAUAUUACCCUCAUCGUCUGACACGAUUGUAUCAUCAUGAUAUGAUACAAGUCGAGCCGUCGCAGUAGCAGUAACAGGCACUGUAACGCGAACAUCUGCUCUAGAAACUGGAGGUGUAACUAUACCAGUAUUGGAAUGAGAAGAAUGAGCACUGUUUUCUUCCCCUGGAGACUUAUCAUUUUGUUCUUCCAAAGCGUCAUCUUCUCCUUCUGAGUCAGUAUAAGUAGCAGUUAACGAAGCUAAAGCAUGUCCUGACAUCGUCGCGCGCGGAAAUUCUAAUUAAAAUUGGGUUAUGAAGUACUAUUCGCUACUUCGUGUGGUAUCCCACAAUGUUAUGACUGGCUAUGAUGUCCACAAAUCAUUAAGUUUAACAAAAUUAAAAUCAAAACACAAACUUCACCUCUUAAUUUGAAACGCACAUUAAAAAUCGAGAUUGCACAUAAAACGGCAAUCACCAAAAGAAUAUAUCACUACAGAUUAAGGGAUAGAAGGCACAAUCUUAACGGCCACAACCUGGUGAAUUUGGAAUUCAGGACACUAUCUCAUUCACUCCCAGUUUACUCCUCACUGAAGACGGAGUCCUGUGGACCUCACAUUCAAUAAUUCAAUAACACACACUCACACAUAACAUUCUAUACUCUCUGCCACUCAGAGUAUUUUG